AGAACAUGGGAUUUAUUAUAAAUUUUAAUUUAUUUUGCGUUCUACUGCUAGUUGACUUUGGACAACCAGAAUAUGCAGAAUAUUUCAAUCCAGAAGAGCCCUUAGAUGAUCACCUAACACGGCCAGAUGAGGAUGUGGCAAGUAGUGAUAAUGAGAUGACAAUGUCGUAUGAUUAUCACAAUGAAAACCAUGACAGUACUAACCACCCAGGUCCUCAAGAAGAUGCUACAACUGAUAAUUAUGUCGAAUCGUACGUUGAUCAUUAUACCACUGGAAUGGAUAAUCUUGAAGAAAAUCAGCAAGACACAGAUUACGGUCAGUAUGAGCCACACGUUGAACAUGAAAUUGAAGAUCGGAUAGUGCGAUAUGCGAUGCAUAAGUGGCGCGAAGAAAUUUGAAUUGUAUGACAAAUAAAAUAACUUAGUUUUUU